UCCGUGAGGUCCAACUUACUAACAAUUAUUUUCUUUUUUUUUAUUUUUACCACCCACCCACUCUCUGCGGGAAACGAGAAGCCACAAAUUGUCUAGAAAAAUUGUUUUUAAUCUUUUCUUCUUUUAUUGUUCGUUUUCACAACCUCGCAAAAAAGGGGGGGAAGGUCUUCUUUAUUCCCCCUCCUAUUUAUAACAAUAAAUGUUUUUUAAUGUUGUGACUGGAGGCUGAAUUCAAUGAGGGACGCGUGUUAAUGCUGCCAACUGUUUGGGUGGUCCUUCCUUCCCUUCAAAAUCUUUCCCUCUUUAUUUUAUACCAUCAUGCGUUGUUUUUGUUUUGCUUAUAGUUUAGUCAGAAGCAGAAAAGUGCAAGUGCGAGAAAGUGCGGGAACGGAAAGGUAAGGAAUGCGUGAAAAUAGAAGGGAAUGGGAGGUGAGAGAACAAGUAAAAUUUGAGAGAACAACAAGACAACGAGAGGGAGAAGGGAAAAAUGAACGUAAGUUUGGCCAUAACUUUAGGCACGGGAUUGGAAAGGCGCCAGCCGUUUUCUCGCCUUUUCUGUCGUUCCUCUAAA